AUGGCCGGUUCUUCUCCUUUAAAUCAUCACCUCUGGUCGAGCCCAUCGCGAACGGUCGAAGAAAUCCUCGCCGAAGACAGAAACUCCGAAGCGCGCCACCGCUACUUGCUCGAACUCGCUAGAAAGGAACAUGAACGAGUGAGGGAAGAGGCAGCGCGCAUAUACCGUGAGCAGCUGGCUCGAGAAGAGAGGGAGCGACUCCUCGCAGAGCGCCGAAAGGAGGAAGAGAGAAUCAGGCUUGAGCAACAGAUUGCGGCUGAAAAUGCCCGGCUGAACGCUCUCAAGGCAACAAGGAUCGAGAUUCCUCCAUUACUACCGGAUCCUGUGCCUGCUCCUUCAACAGUAAACGGAAAGCCGACUCUCCCUGCUGCUGUUGCGACUGAGGCGAAGCGCUGCCCUUCCGAGCCUUCGCUGGUGAACGGCAUCGCCUCGAAUGGCGUCGUCGAAGCGCCAGCAGCCGCUUCUAUCAAGACCCUAGAACCUGCGAAGCCUGCGGCGUCAGCGUUUAAAGCAGCGGGCUCUGCUACGACUGCCGCGCCCGUUGCGCCUAUAGCGAGUGUGCAACCAUCGACAAAUGGGGUCGUCUCGGCUGUCGCGUCUACACCCAAGACAGCUCCACCGGCUCCAACCGAAACACCUCCCGACAGAUAUGUUGAGAUUCAUAGGAACUUGAAGGGCCUCCGAAAGUAUAUGGCUGAGCAGGCCAAAACAAACCUUAAAUUGAAGCAGCGCAUGGGCGACAUGAGGCGUGAGAUCCGAAAGUCGGUUGGCCAACUCACCACAGGCGGCAUGGCUGCCAACAAAGACAAGCAACAAAAAAUCAAGAGCAUCCUCACCGAGGCUCUUUCCAACCAGGUCGAGUCUGCGCUAGUGGACCCCAACAACUUUGUUGUUGAACCCAGGAAGCCAGUUGAGGGGGCGACAAAUAACGACCCUCUGCUUCCAUCCAUCUUUGUUUAUCUCAUCAACAUCUUUGCAAAGGCUGCCAUCUCCCAAUUCAUCAAUGAAGCGGGAGCGCGGCCGGAAACCGCAGAUCCCGUCGGCAUUUGCGUGGCCGCCAUCUUGUCAGAGCCUGAUUUCUUAUGGCGCGGGGCUUCCUUGAUUGACAUCCUGAUUGCGAAGUUCCGAAUUGUCUGCCCUGUCUUGUUUGGCUAUCGAGGGAGCGAGAAGACGGAGCAGGGUAGACAGAGACUCGGCUGGUGGAAGGAAUCAGGCCAGUGGAUUUCCGAGCAACAACACAUGGACCGUAUGACAGGUCUCGGAGCCGGGUUCGCUGCCAUCUCUCUUCGCAAGUUUGCUCUCUCAAAAAAGCAGAAUCCUUACCCUCCGCGGUUUUAUUGGAUGGCAAUGGCAAAGAUCGUCAAUACCCCUCCUGCUGAAAUUUCCAACACCCAAUGCGUUGUCUUGAAAGCGAUGGUGCAAAACUACGAGGCAAAAUUCAUUGAAUUCUACGGAAGCGCUGCCAUUGCGGCUUUGCGUACGGCGCUCAUUGACUUCCCUGCUCGGGCACCGCACAAAUCAGCUGCGGUGAACUCGCUGGAGGUUCUGGCUCAGAUGUUGAAGAGAGACACUGGGCUGGAUCUUGGAUAA